GCGCCAGAUUGGAUUUCCUCCCUCGCUUCGGCACUUUAUCAGAAAGGUUAAAAGAAAGGGUUAACUAUCGUUUUUAUGUUUAACACAUUUUUCGUAUACACAGCUGUAUGUAUGUCUGAUUUAAGUAAAGGUUCCUUUAUGAUGACGAGUUAGACGUGGGUACAAAAUCGGAAAUAGUUGCAUAUAAGCUGACAAAGGACAAAAAGCUGAGACCUGAGGUCUCCAAGUGAUCUGAUAUCAUCCUAGCUAACAUCUUGGAAAUGGACAGCGAGGAUGAUCUGGACGUUUUGACAGCACUGCUGGCUGAGAGCGAAGGUGUUGGAGAAGAGCAGGAUGGUCAGAGGCAGGAAGACGACUUGGACAACCUGUUUGAUGAUGACAAUGAAGAAGAAGAGUACAAAGAGAGCGAAGAGGAAGAGAAGCAAGAUGUAAAGACAGAAAACUCAGUGUCUGAACUCUUUGGAGAUGUGGACGAUAUUGAAAAUGAUGACAAUACAGGAAAAGGGAGGGAUAAUGAAAACAGUGAGAUGGAGAGGUCCAGAGAGGACUUACAAGAUGAGCUGAGGCGCAUGCAGGAGCAGAUGCAGCGGUUGCAGCAGCAGCUGGAAGCAAGUCAGAAGGCUUCACCUUCUAGUCCAGUUAUGACUAAGGGGACUCCCAAACCAGUGACUUCCAAGCUGGCUCAGGCCAAAGCAACAACUACAACACAAAAGAUAAAGACACAAGCAGCAGCAUCUUCGUCCACUCCAGUCAGGGGAGAAAAUGUGAAGCUUCAGGAGUCGUCUGACUUUCUUGAUCAGCUGAACAAUGCUGACUCCUUCAAGCGCAAACCGAGGGUGGCUCACACUCCCAAACUGAGCACCUCACCAGAAGACAGAGGGCCUCUGGUGGAGAUAAAGAUAGGCAGCUCAUUUCAGCCUGCAGAGAGCACCAGCAAGGGGACAAAUCCUCUACGCUCACCUCCAGCCUCCCAGACCAACAGACCAUCUCCAGCCUCCUCAGCAGGGCAGCCUAAACCUUCCUCUCUUCCUCCUCUUCCUAAAGAUGUGGCUGUGGAGAAAUACUCAGGACUGCGGCUCAAAAAACCACGUGUUUCGUCCAGUGAGAUGGACCGCAAGAUGGCUGACCGUCGUCUCAUCCGCCUUUCACAGGUUCCCGAGCGUUUAAUUCGGGAGAAGUUGGAGGACAGCGACUGGGUGACUUUUGCAGUGCUGGUCAACAAGGCCACACCACAAAGCAACAGCAGUGGCAAAACCUUCAGCAUCUGGAAACUGAACGACCUCCAUAACCUGGAGGUGUUUGUGUCUCUGCUCCUGUUUGGUGAAGUCCACAAAGAGCUCUGGAAGACAGAGCCGGGCACGGUCAUCGGCCUCCUCAACCCAAACCCUAUGAAGCAGAAGGAUGGAUAUGACGGGGUGAGCCUCACCGUGGAUCACCCUCAGAAGGUGCUGCUGAUGGGUGAAGCUCAGGACUACGGGACAUGCAAGGCGGUGAAGAAGAACGGGGACCCCUGCUCUCAGAUUGUCAACAUGUAUGAGUGCCAGUACUGUCAGUAUCACGUCAAGGCUCAGUAUAAGAAGAUGAGCGCCAAGAGGGCUGACCUGCAGUCCUCGUUUUCUGGGAAAGCUCCCAACAAGGUGAAGGGGAAGGGAGGCAGCCUGAAGGAGCGGCUGUGUCAGGACGGCUUCUACUAUGGCGGCGUGUCUUCGGCUGCAUGUGCUGCAUCACUAUCGGCAUCCAAGCCAAACAAACCAGCCCAGAAGACUCUGGACAAGCUUUUUAUUAAGGGUUCUGCUCAGCACAUCAACCAGGCCAAGAGGCUGGCUGUGCAGUCAGGUGAAGUCUCAGGUUGUUCGAAUGAGUUUAAGAGCCUGUUAUCAAUGCCAACACCUGGAGCUCUGCAGCUGAAGAAGCACCUGACACAGGGCAGCCAAUCAGUCCCCAAAGAUGCGUCUGGAGCUCCAGUUCAGUCCAUCUCUGCCUCAGAUCUGCUGAAGCAGCAGAAACAGAAGCAGCGAGAGCUUCAGGAGAUCCGCCGGCGCAGGGCAGAGGAAAUCCAACAGCGAGUGCUCCAGAACUCAGCGGGACCCAGACCUGGAUCAUCUUUAGCGGGUAGAGGAAGUCUAAUGUCUCCUAAAGCAGCCUCUGAAGCCACCAAAAGCCCCGCUGCUCCACACACCCCCACCCUGGGCCGGGGCUUCUCGGAGGGUGAAGACAUCGUCUUUUUUGACAAAAGCCCGCCGUCGGCCCUGUCCGCCAGCGCUCUCAGCCUGUCAGCCGCCAAGCUGGCUGCCCUAAAGAAGCUCCGAGCCAAAGGGGCAGGGCUGGAGAAGGAGGAUCCAAACGCUGUGAAGAGGAAGAGGAGUAACGAAGGCGAGAUCAACGCACGAGUGGAGAAGAAUCUCACCUCACCAAAGGAUGACUCAUCCAGUAAAGAAGAAGAGGAACCAGCUCUGAAGAAACGGCGAGAACAACUCCAGUAUUUGCAGUCUGAUGAGUUUCAAAAGAUCCUAAAUGCUAAGUCUCGCCACGGGGUCGUACUGCAAGCGGCGGAGUAUCAGCUGCAGGAGCGUUACUUUAAUGCUCUGGUGAAGAAGGAGCAAAUGGAGGAGAAGAUGAGGGGAGUCAGAGAGAUGAAGUGUCGAGCUGUUACCUGUAAAAAGUGUAAUUAUACGUACUUCAAGCCAGCGGAUCGCUGCGUGGAGCAGAAUCACGACCUGCACUGGCACGAGGCAAUGAAACGUUUCUUCAAAUGUCCCUGUGGACAGAGAGCCAUCGCUCUGGACAGACUGCCCCACAAACAUUGCAGUAACUGUGGCCUGUUUAAAUGGGAGCGUGAUGGGAUGCUGAAGGAGAAAGCUGGUCCAAAGAUAGGGGGAGAGCUGCUUCUGCCUCGAGGAGAGGAGCACGGAAAGUUUCUCAACAGCAUGAAGUGAUGGACUAUAUGUACUUCUACUGUAAUUUAAGUCUCAUAGUUGCAUUUUAACAUUUGUAUGAAUUAGGUUUUAAAGUCUGAUGUUUAGAUACCGAUUAUGUGGAUUUAAAAAUCGAAGUAUGUUUGAAAUAAGCUGAUUAAAGUAAUAAC